AUUUUAAUUUUAUAGGUAUUCCUUUAGAAAUGAGUUGCACAAUUGAGAAGGCACUUGCUGAUGCUAAAGCUCUUGUUGAAAGAUUGAGAGAUCAUGACGAUGCAGCAGAAUCUCUGAUUGAGCAAACCACAGCUCUCAAUAAGCGAGUAGAAGCGAUGAAGCAGUAUCAGGAGGAAAUUCAAGAACUUAAUGAAGUUGCAAGGCAUCGGCCACGGUCCACAUUAGUUAUGGGAAUCCAGCAAGAAAACAGACAAAUCAGAGAACUGCAACAAGAGAACAAAGAAUUGCGUACAUCCCUGGAAGAACAUCAGUCUGCCUUGGAACUGAUAAUGAGCAAGUAUCGAGAACAAAUGUUUAGACUUCUAAUGGCUAGCAAAAAAGACGAUCCGGGUAUAAUAACGAAGUUAAAAGAGCAGCACUCCAAGGAAUUACAAGCACAUGUUGAUCAAAUAACAGAAAUGGCAGCAGUAAUGAGGAAAGCCAUUGAAAUUGAUGAGCAACAGGGUUGCAAGGAACAGGAACGAAUAUUUCAACUGGAACAAGAAAACAAAGGCUUGAGAGAGAUUCUUCAAAUAACUCGAGAAUCAUUUCUGAAUCUUAGGAAGGAUGAUGUGUCUGAAAGUUCAUCUUUGUCAGCAUUAGUGACCAAUAGUGACCUGAGUCUGAGGAAGAGCUGAAGAGCCUGUAAGUCCAU